AUGUACCGGAUUUUUCAUCUCAUGAGUGUUCCGAAACUUAACGCCUUAAUACUGAGAUACAUUUUCCGUUACGCACAACUAAUUGGCGUCAUAUUUUUUUGCCUUAGAAAAAGUGAAGAUGGGGAAAGAGUAUCAAAUUGCAAAUGGAUCAAGUGGCUUGGUAUCACCCAUCGGCUUGUGACCUUCGGUAUUUUCAUUUAUUCGUAUUAUUUGGCUAUAAUUAUAACAAGUCAACCCGCCGCGAAAAUUCUUCAUUUUUUUCGACUUUUACUGAGCAUUCCCAUCGUUGCAUUUAUCUUGGGAUACCAGACUUUACGAGGUGCAGAAAUUAUAGAGCUUUUCAAUCAAUUUCUUCAACUUUUUCGGCAAGUGCGGAACUUGUUUAAGCCGAAACCAAUUGGCUUUGGCGGCGGACGAGAGCUGAUUUUGAUCCUUCUAAAUUUGAUCUGCCUUUUCCAUGAGUUAACCUAUAUCUGGGUUGCAGAAAAGCAUUUUCAUUGGCACUUUUGGAUAUAUUGGUGGUGCGACGUAUAUGUUGUCACCGGCACCAACAUGUUCAUUCAUCUCAAUUGUAUGGCCUAUCUGAGUGUUGGUGUCCUUUAUUCGGAGGUCAAUAAAUAUGUACGUACCCAUUUGGGAACCCAACUUCAGAAACUGAAUACUACGACCGGCGAAAAUGAAAUACGAAGAGCAUACAAUCGGCUGGAAAAGUGCAUACAUUUGUACAGAGAGAUAUAUAAUAUCAGCACUACUUUUCAGAGACUGUUUGUGUUGCCCCUUUUUUUGGCUAUGAUAAAUAAGGUUUUGCUUAUCACCACACUCAGCUUCAGGAUGAUUUUGGAUUUAGAGUACAGCAGCUGCAUUUUUUGGUUACUUGUGGGCAAACACAUAUUAGACUAUCUUCUGCUAACCAUUUCUGUUCAGGGUGCAUUGAAUCAAUUUCGGAUUAUUCGACGGCCAAACUUGGAGAUCGGCGAGGCUGGUAAACUAAGAAAUUUUCAACGUACGCUGGAAAUAUUCUUCACCCAUCUAAAUAUUUGCCAGUUUCGGGUUUCAAUUUUGGGCCUCUGUGAAAUUACUAACGAGCUUUUCUUGAAGUUUUUAUCCGCACUGACAUGUUGGCUGGCUUUUAUUGCACAAUAUAGAAUGCAGAUAAGAAAUGUAUAUCAGAAUACCUAG